CAACCAUAGCAAUAAUGGUUGCCCCUCUUCAUCAUCAUCUUUAAAUGCCUGUCAAACGCGAAAAUAACAGAGCAGACGGAGAAAUUAAUUGAAUUGAGAGACGAGUCCGACGAUGAGAGGGGUUGCGAUGUUCAGUCUGGUGGUGGCCGUGGCGGUAUGCGGCGGCGGAAGAUGGGCGGUGGCGGCGGAGACGCUGGCGGAGAAGUGCGGGAAGCAGUUCCAGAACGUGGUGCCGUGCCUGUCGUUCGCGACGGAGAAGGCGGCGACGCCGAGCAAGGAGUGCUGCGACGCGGUGGGGACCAUAAAGAAGACGGAUCCGGCGUGCCUGUGCUUCGUCAUCCAGCAGGUUCACAGCGGCGAUAACACCCAGGUUAAGAGUAUGGGCGUCAAGGAAGACCGUAUCCGUCAGCUCCCCGCCGUUUGUAACAUCGCCGGCGCCGAUAUCACCCUCUGCCCAAAACUAUUAAACCUCCCUGCAAACUCGCCGGACGCCGCCAUCUUCACCAAUUCCACCGCCGCACCUACCACGAUGACGACGAAAACCCCGAUGGGUCCCGGGGUGGCAACAUCGACAACCGUUGGCGGUGGCGCCUCUGACGGGUUCAUGCACGCACCGCAGCUCGCCGGAGUCCCCCUGUUGGUCUCCGCCGUAAUCAUCCUCGGUGGCUUGUGGGCUGGCUUUUCCUUUAAUUAAUUAAGUUGGUUUUGCUUUAAUUUGCACAUUUGAUCAGCUGUUUGUCUUUUAAUUUAAGGGAUUUUCUCCCAUACCUCUGUAUUUGAGAGGGCAUGGAUGCCCUUCCACUAUUAUCUUGACAUGUGGAUUAUUUUAUGUCUAAAUUUAUGAGUAUUG